AAUAACCCAAUUUGCCUAUCAACCUUGUCUGUGAAUCCCUCUCCCUGCCAAAAUGGCGGAUGCUAUAGUUUCCUUUGUCCUAGACCUGCUAAAUACAACCAUUGACAGGGCCUCUGAAGAGGUGGGGCUGCUAGUUGGUGUUGAGAAAGAAGUGGAAAAGCUUGAAAGAAAUCUUCGUCUCAUCAAUACUGUUCUCCGAGACGCUGAGGAGAAGAAAAGAACGGACGAUCUUGUCAAGGAAUGGCUGGACAGGCUCAAAGAAGCUUCUUACGACAUGGGGGAUGCGUUGGAUGUGUGGAGAACUACAGUAGAGAUCGAAGCACUUGAAGCACAAAAUGCUGCUUCUCAGAAGAAGGCACCAUGCAAUUUCAUUUCGUGCUUUUCUAUUUGUCGUGUAUAUACCCAUCGUAAAAUUGCCCUCAACAUAAAGGAAAUCAAUCAAAGAUUAGAUGAUAUUGUAAAGGAGAAAGAGAAGUAUCAGCUGCAGCUGAUGUCGAUGAGUAACACAAUCAAUCAUCCUCAACAACGGCCGGAAACUUCGUCCUUUGUGGAUGUGUCAAAACUGUGUGGCCGGGAUAAGGAGAAGGCAGAAAUACUGAACUAUUUGUGGGGAGGGAGUGGUGAAGAGGAGACUGUUGAACUAAUUCCUACCAUAUCUAUUGUAGGGAUGGGGGGGUUAGGAAAGACUGCUCUUGCACAACUGAUAUGCAAUGAUGAUGAUGUUAAAGGGCAUUUUGACAGGGUAAUCUGGGUUUGUGUCUCUGACCUUUUUUAUGAGAAAAGAGUUGCGAGGGCAAUCAUUCAAGGGCUUGAAAAACUUAGUGAUGCUGCUGCAUACGGCCUAGAAUCGAAUCCAUUGCAGGUUCUUUUGGAAAGGAUUUCUAGCUCUAUCCGGGGAAUGAAAUAUUUUCUUAUUUUAGAUGACGUUUGGGAUGGAAAUAAAGGUGAGAGGUGGGAAGGACUGAAAACCGCUUUCAAAUUUGGUGCCCCAGGAAGCAGAAUUUUGGUUACUACACGUGAUGUUGAAGUUGCAAAAAUGAUGGGGUCCUCUUCCUCGCAAAUCAUUUCUCUGGAGAAAUUGGGCAAUGAGCGAUGUUGGUCAAUAAUUAAACAUAUAGCAUUAGAAGGAAGGGAUGCUCAGAAUUUGGAGAAAAUUGGGAGAGAAAUUGCAGAGAAGUGUAAGGGCUUACCGCUUGCUGCCAAAACUCUGGGAAGCCUUUUAAAGUCUAAAAGAAGCAAAAGAGAGUGGCAAAGUGUCUUGAAUAAUGAAAUAUGGAAAUUAGAAUUGGCACAAAAGGAUAUUUUUGCUCCUUUGUUGCUGAGUUAUUAUUAUUUGCCCCCUCCAGUAAAGUGGUGCUUCGUGUGUUGUGUUCUUUUUCCCAAAGAUCACCGCAUUUUUCCUCACGUACUAAUUCCACAAUGGAUGGCGAUGGGUUAUUUAGGGUCGGAUGGUAAUGCAGAUUUGGAGUCAAAAGGGGAAGAGUACUUCCGCAUCUUAGUCGAUCGCUCUUUCUUUCAAGAUUUUUCAAUGGUUGAAGGAGAUCUUUUUUUUUGUAAGAUGCAUGACAUAGUACAUGAUUUUGCUCGGUAUUUGGCGGAGAAUGAGUUUGCCAUAAAAGAGAUCAACUCAGACCAUUUGACUAUAGAUGGGUCAAAGAAUCGUCACUUGACAGUGAUGAUUGAUGAAGGGAUCCCUUUUCCUACGUCUAUUUCUGGUGCAGAAAAAUUGCGAGCCCUUAUAACUUUCACUGGAGAGGGUGCACUGACUUUUGAGGCCUUGCGUGGCUUGUUUAAUCAUUGCAGACGUUUAAGGGUAUUGAAUUUUGGUUGGCCUGAUGGAACUGAUAAUUUAUGCAAAGAAAUUCCUGAAGGAAUAGGGAAAUUGAUACACUUGAGAUUCCUUCACUUGGGUUCUAAUCAAAAAUUAGAAAGGCUGCCUGAAGCACUCUGCAACCUACUUAAUUUGGAGUUUUUGGAUUUGUGGUGCUGCGAAAAUCUCAAGCAGUUGCCAGAUUCAAUAGGAAAAUUAAUCAACUUGAGGUCUCUUUGUACUGUUGGUUGCUCUGCUCUCACUCAAUACCCAAAAGGCGUUCAGAAAUUGACUUCUCUUAGACAUUUAAGGGGGCUCAUUGCCAGAGCUGAUCGUAAUGAUGCUAAAGAAUUUUGCCUUGCCGAUCUUGGAAACUUGAAGCACCUCCAUCUACUGUAUUUGAAAGUAGUAGGGAAUUCAAUCGAUAUGGAGCAGACUAGAAAAGCUCAACUUCAGGACAGCCAGUGGUUGUGUAUAUUUUUGGCUGGCAGUAUUCAGAGAGCAGACAUAAUUGAAGCCUUAGACCCAGAUCGAAACAUACCAAAUUUAAGCCCCAUGCCAGUUGGAUUAGCGGCAGCUGCUGCUUCUUCUGUAGCUGCCGCCGCUGCUGCCGUUGCUGUUGCCAGCCGUGUUCUGCACCAUAGGAGGGUUCAAGCAAAUGUCAUGGUUCGAAAUUUGUCAAAGGUAUACCAGAGAAGAAUGUCCAGUGUGCAUGAAUAAGGACUUUAUUUUUCAAGCCAAGCUUUCUGCUGUGGGAAGAAAAACAAGAGAAUAUUGUUUGGGUCACAUGGUGUGGUUUAGAUCACUCAUAGCUCAGAACCAAUUUUGACCCAGACCAACUGGAUCACAAAAUUUGAGAACUGUGAUAAAGUAUAGUUCCAUAU